GGUCCUCUAUCAACAGCAAAAUCAGCCCAUGGAUGCCUUACAGGCUUAUAUUUGUGCUGUACAGUUGGACCAUGGACAUGCAGUAGCCUGGAUGGACCUAGGCACUCUUUAUGAAUCCUGCAGUCAACCUCGAGAUGCCAUCAAAUGCUACUUAAAUGCAACUAGAAGCAAAAGUUGUAGUAAUACCUCAACACUUGUAGCAAGAAUUAAGUUUUUACAGGCUCAGUUCUGUAACCUUCCACAAAGUAGUCUACAGAAUAAAACUAAAUUACUUCCUAGUAUUGAGGAGGCAUGGAGCCUACCAAUCCCAGCAGAACUUACCUCCAGGCAGGGUGCCAUGAACACAACACAGCAGGGUCUUCAUAAAUGUCAAAGUUCAUAUCUGACAGGACUUAAUAAUGAGCCACCUUUAUUUUCCACUGAAUCCAGCAAACAUCUCCAGACAUCUAGCACUGUUAAGCAUCAGAAUGGACAUCUCUCUCUGCCUAGAAAUUCAGCACCACAAGAGGAUGCUCUUAAUCACCUCUCCUCACAUUCUUGUAUUGCUACCUCAUGUGGACAAAAGGACCUUGCCUUAGUCAAAGAGAGCAAGCCUUCAAGAAAAAGAUCCUUGGGGUCUGAGACAAGUAUGCAUGAUGGAAACACAUCAAAUAGCUGUCCUGGUAUUAAGAGACUUUCUAAUCAUGUCCAUCAGAUGACAAGAAUUGCUAUUUCUAGUCCUAACUUGGGAGAUUUUGUGUCACCAAAUUUAGCAGUUGAAGACAAUCCUCAGCUAUCUACCUUGUUGGUUGAAAAAUCCAGUGACAAUAUAGCAACAUCUCCAAAGUCCAUUGAACAAACUAACAUAGACACUACCAACUUCAGCAGUCUUCAUAAUGGAUUACACAUAAUUAAUGGAGCAGAACUUAAGAAUUCACAGAUGUCUAUAAAUGUUGACCUGCCUAGAGCUGAUCAUAAAUCAAGUCCUCAAAUACCAUCGAUGUCUGUGUCUAUAUAUUCCAGUUCAGCAGCAGUUUUGAAGGCAUGCAGGAAUGUAGGUAAAAAUGGUUUGACUAAUACUCAUAUUUUGUUGGAUAAAUGUCCGCCUCCAAGACCACCAACUUCACCAUACCCUCCCUUGCCUAAGGAGAAGCUGAAUCCACCCACACCUAGCAUUUAUCUGGAAAAUAAGCGUGAUGCUUUCUUUCCCCCAUUACAUCAAUUUUGUACAAAUCCAAAAAACCCUGUUACAGUAAUUCGUGGCCUUGCUGGAGCACUUAAGUUAGAUCUUGGACUUUUCUCUACCAAAACUUUGGUGGAAGUUAACAAUGAACAUAUGGUGGAGGUGAGAACACAGUUAUUGCAACCAGCAGAAGAAAACUGGGAUCCCACUGGGACAAAGAAAGUUUGGCGUUUUGAAAGUAAUAGCUCUCACACUACAAUUGCAAAAUAUGCACAGUAUCAAGCUUCCUCCUUCCAGGAAUCAUUGCGAGAAGAAAAUGAAAGAAAAACACAACUUAAAGACUAUUCAGAUAAUGAAUCUAUAUCUUCAGAGAAUUCGGGAAUGAAAAGGAAAGGACCUUUCAAAACCAUAAAAUCUGGGAUCAACAUUGACCUUUCUGAUAAUAAAAAGUGGAAGUUGCAGUUACAUGAACUAACUAAACUUCCUGCUUUUGUACGUGUUGUAUCAGCAGGAAAUCUUCUAAGCCAUGUUGGGUAUACCAUACUGGGCAUGAAUACAGUUCAGCUGUAUAUGAAAGUUCCAGGGAGUAGAAUACCAGGUCACCAAGAGAAUAAUAACUUCUGUUCUGUUAAUAUAAAUAUUGGUCCUGGUGAUUGUGAGUGGUUCAUUGUACCUGAAGAUUAUUGGGGUGUUCUGAAUGACUUCUGUGAAAAAAAUAAUUUAAACUUCCUAAUGAGUUCUUGGUGGCCUAACCUGGAUGACCUAUAUGAAGCAAAUGUUCCUGUGUACAGGUUUAUUCAGCGACCUGGGGAUUUGGUCUGGAUAAAUGCUGGCACUGUGCAUUGGGUUCAGGCUAUUGGGUGGUGCAACAACAUUGCCUGGAAUGUUGGUCCACUCACAGCCGGUCAGUAUAAACUGGCUAUAGAACGAUAUGAAUGGAACAAAUUGCAAAAGGUGAAGUCGAUAGUACCCAUGGUUCAUCUUUCGUGGAACAUGGCACGAAAUAUUAAAGUUU